GCUGGAGCCCGGCGAAGAUGGCGGCGGCCGUGGCGGGCCCACGUGGGCGCGGGACGGCGGCGGGCGCGGGCACGGACAGCGAUUCUGAGUUAAGCUCAGAACUUCCAGAAGACAGCUACUCUUCAGGAGAUGAAGCCCUGGAUGGUGAUGAUGAAGAUGAAACAGCAGCCCCUGGCAAUGUGGUUGAAGAGGCAACAACCUCCAAAGAUGGCCCAAGUUCAGGCUGGGCAGAUGCCAUGGCAAAAGUGCUCAACAAAAAGAUUCCACAGAAUAAGUCCACCAUCUUGUCCAAGAAUAAAAGCUUGGAGAAGGAGAAAGAAAAGGAAAAACAAGAAAGGCUGGAAAAGAGGAUGAAGCUCGAUAAAAAGCGGGAAUGGGAAAUGAUGUGCCGAGUGAAGCCAGAUGUUGUCAAAGACCGAGAGAAAGAAAGAAAUCUUCAGAGAAUUGCCACAAGAGGUGUUGUACAGUUAUUUAAUGCUGUCAGGGCGCACCAAAAGAACAUUGAUGAGAAGAUGAAGAAAGCUGGGAGCUCUGACAGGCGACGUGCUAAACUGCUGUCUUCUGUUUCAAAGAAAGAUUUCAUCAAUGUUUUAAGAAACGUGGAGGGUGCUAAAGGAGGCAAGAAUGAUGGAAAGGCCACAAAAUGUAAAGAGGGUGAAGUGAAGUCUGAAGAGGGGCCAGAGUGGAAUAUACUGCGUGAUGACUUCAUGAUGGGAGCAUCUAUGAAGGACUGGGACAAGGAAAGCGAUGGAGAGGGUGAUACUGAACAAGGAGGUGGUCUGAAACAAGAAGAUGACAGUGACUGAAUGAAACUGAAAACAAUUCAAGAUAAUGUCUUAUCUUCUUAACUUUGUUUGGAUAAAAAGUCAGCAUUCUGUGAAUGUACAACACUUGGAGGAUACCUCUUUUUUUUAAAAAAAAAAAGACUUACACAACCUUGGAGUGUUUUCCCCUCCAUGUCAAACUUUUAUUUAAUAUAGCUCCAUUUGCUAUACUGAAAUCCUGAAAUAUUUUCCAAAACAAGUAUAAUUUUCAACAUAUUUCCAAAACAUUUUGUACAGUCAAAAUAGUGGCACUUGCCCAGUGAAGGAAAGAUUUUGCCAAGGUCAUUAAAAGUUUAUACAUUAGUCAUGGCAAUUGAUGUAUUAGCAUGCCUGCAUUUCCAAAUCAGUGUUGCACUUCGAAAAGUUGUUGCAAUUUGCAAUAGAUAUGGCUUACAAUAAACACAGAAAUGCCGUCACCUUGUAAAGUUAUCGGACUCCUAUAGAGUCUUUACUACUUUGGCCAGAAAAGGUUCUGUAGAUAAUAAAGAAAAGUAACCAUUAAUAUGAUAGUUCUGGUCUUGGAGCAUUAGUUUGAUUGGAGACAACUCUGGAGACAUAAUUAUAAAAAGAGAGACUUGACCCUACUGAUUGGGGUUUAUAUAUAUAAUUUAUAUAUAUGUGUUUUUUCCAUUGUAAGUCUGAAGUUGUAUAAGCCAAGAGUCUGGUAGGAGAGGAAAGGACAGUCAUUGCUAUUGGUUUCAUUGGGGAGGGAGGGCUUUUCUAACAAUACUCUAUGAAAUUGUGUUCUUGUUGCUUCAUUUGCAGUUCUUUUUCAGUAAGGAGAUGGACCUCUGAGAUACAUCCUAUGGGUUUAGUCAGCCCUAAUGCUAAUUCCUCAGGUCUGUAAAGGGUCAAACGAGAAGAAAUUUGGAAGACAUCUGUCAGGGUAACACAAUUGGCUUUAAGCUACAACAAUUUCUCCUCAGUCGUCGUUUAGUUGCGAAGGUGUAGAAGCUAACGUAUAUAAUAAGAAUAUAUUCUAUGUAAGCAUAUGCAUACAGAAGGAAUUGUGUUGUGACUAAGGUGUUAUAAAUGAGAGGCUGGGGAUGAAUUCUGCUGCCUUCACUGUUCCAGACUGGCUGUCUGAUGCUGUGUCGUUUGUUUAACUUUGCUAUCACAUUUCCCCAUUUGCUGUGGGAAGCAAAUGCCUUGGGGCCUAUUAAUUGACACUUAAAAUACAUAGUACUGUUCUGUCCGUUUCUGCAGAUGCCUUAUGUACAAACCUUUCUUUGUACCUGCUUAUACGCAGGAUACCAUUAGGAGCAACUUUGAAACUUUCAGCCUUCAUGGAAAUGUGCAGUAGGACAGUGGAUUUAGAUUUUCCUAAUGAAGACAUUGAGAAGGGAGAGGGUGUUUGAACUUUGUGUGUACUGCAGGAUAAAAAAUAUAGACACAAAAUGGCAGAGAAACCCAUCCCAACAACUGGCAAUCGUUGUGUUAUCCCUAGCCUAUUCAUCUGGUAUAUAUUGUAGCAUAAUUCUUUGAGGAGAACUCAAAGCUAACAGCAGAAGUGUUUAGAUUUUCAAGCUGUUUUGAGUGUUAAACAUAUUAGAUAUCUGAGGAGACAUUAGUUUGUGGCCUGAUAUUUAUUAUCACAAACGAAGGCAUACACUCAAAAUAUCAAGUGGCAAAACCACAGAAGUUUGACAUAUGGUUAUCCCGGCUUCUGAAGGCUCGACAUCUGUACAGCUGUUCAGUGAGAGUUACCAUGUCAUUAGUGCAAUGCAAAAAUAUGCCACAAUGGAUUUUGAGUCUCUGAAGCAGCAUAAUAUUCUAAUCUGUUGUUGCUUUCUUUCUACAGAGUUCAGUAACUUUGUGAGAAAAAAGUACAUCAGCACCCUUAAAUCUACAGUUGUUCUCUAGUUUCAUAUCCUCUGUCUCUCUCAAAGAUCAAACUUUUGGAAAAUAAUUUAAGUUUUUCUUAGGAACUAUGACAUCCCGAGAUGAUUAUUAAAAAUUUCGGAAUACUUUCCAAAUACUUUUAGAAUGCUUGGUUGUUUAUUUGUGCAUUUUUGGAGUAAUGUUUUGAUUAAAGCACUGAAGUGACUCGUGUUAAAGAAAAAAGUGGAGCAUAUCAGUAUUGCUAAAAAUAUUUUGAGCUUCCAUUUCACAUAUGUAGAGAGCAUUUCUCGCCUUUUAAGGAGCAUAAUACUUAUAUUUCUAUGUAUAUUGAGUAGUUAUUUAAAUUUUGUACUGUACCUUGUCCUUUGGUUGUGCCAGAUGCAGAGAAGCUCCUAGAAUAACUAAAAUUGUUAACUACGUAUUUUGAUUUUAGGCAUUUGUUGGCUAUUUUAUUUCAGAAGUUUUGUUUUUGUUGAGUAGCAGUUCAAAAGAUCUAAACUUUGUUUGACCCAGACACCUUCCAGUGUCUCUCAGCUGUGGGAUCAGCUGCCCUACCCCCUUUUUCAGUAAUGUUCUUCCUCUUCCAUAGCUACCAAGAACAACCUUCAGCAGCUUUUCCCAGCAGUCAGAGCGCUUGGUCUGUUUUUCCUGCUCCCAUGAAUAUCUCUGCUUAAGCAAAGCUGUGCCGCUGCCCUUCAUUCCAGAGAGCAUGAAUCAUCUCAACUUUGUAUAUUUCUGUACCUAUCUAUAUAAAGCCAAUAAGGAUGGGGUGGUUCCAGUUUUAUUAGGCUUCAAGCCAAUUCCAGAGUAUGUAGAGUUUAAUAUUAUAUGGAUUGCAUGCAAAGCAACAGCUUUGUUUAACAAGAGAAGGCACAGGGUCAGCUCUUCCCCAUGUCUCUUGUCCCCUGUUCCCCCCAGCACAAUUCACAUCAAUUGUGUUAACUUUUUUCCGCAAGGAAAGCAUGAGUUGGCCUAUGGAAAAAAAUAACUAUAUUCUCCAUGUUUUUCUUCAGCCUCCCUGUUAGGGAAACACUUCGGAAGUGAUGAUGGAAUAUCCUUGUUUUGCCUAAUGCUGCUGCACCACAGCAUCUUCCCUGCUAAAACAUGGAGGGAAGAGCUCCUGCUUCUGCAGCUGUGAGUAAGGUUCUCCUGGGUUCACAAGUUGAGCAGAACAAAAGAGCUGGAAGCUGCUUCCUGGUGAAGAUAAUGUUUUGUGUGUGUGUGAUUUGUUUUAAAGAGAGAAAUUGAUUGUUUGGAGGCCAUAAAAGUGUUUUGAUUAUCUGAUGCUUCCAGAAGAAGGUGGUCUAUACAGCUGCAUCUGUUCAGUGCUGGCUCAGUGGCUGUCUCUAGGGAGGAAGGCAGAAGUCAUCUGGCACACAACACUCUGCACAACUUAAAAUGACAAACUUUUCAUUCUUAUGAAAUGAGUCCUGGCAUAGUUAAUAUACACACAGAGCAGUUGUCAGUGUUGUUCACUUCCAACCCCUGAGAAUUGCUCAAUGAUUUCUUCAAGACUUGCUGAGGUAAGGACUGAGAGGGCCAGGAGAAAGCUUGAGGUAGUGAAGAAUCAGGAUCUUGUUACACAGAUAGGGUCCUUAUGCUAAAUAAGAUGUUAAAUCGGGAGUCUAAAACUUCAGUGACAGACACUGGAGACUGGACAAGUUUUUAGUUAACAGAUGGUGGAAGACUGCAGAUUCCAUUUACUGCUGUUCUAAAGCAGUGGCUUCUAACCUCUUGCGGUAUGUAAGCUUCAAAUGUUUCACCUCCAUAAGUGAUCUAGCAGAUAAAGGCUUUUCCUUAAUCAUUCUUUUUCAGACUGAUAGUGGUGGCUGAUACUGCAUAGACAAAACAUUUUGUUUUCAAAUGCAUCUUUUCAAUUGCUUUUCUGUCUUAAAGGGCAUGUUAAAAAUUAAACUCCAGUCAAACUGAAUAGCUUCAACACCAAAGAUGCUUGUGUUUGUGCAGUGCUUCAUCCCUUGAAAUGGUUUAUUUUUGUUUAAAUCUAUGUGUUUAACCUGUUGGAUACCAAAUUGUUAAAUGAACUAGGGCACUUUCAUCAAGCUUUCGAAUGUGAAUUCAUGAGCACAAGUGUCUUCCCAGAGGCACUUUGGAAGGUGAUUUUAGGAAUACUCAUAAAAAGCAUUAGUUCUUCACAGUGCCUCAGAUAAUUCAAUAGCCCAUUCUCUCAUGCCAGUGCAUGAACUUCUGGAGCAUUAUUUUACAACAUCUUCUUAGUGUUUCUUAACUCUGUUUUCAGUAAAUGUGUUAAUUGUAAACUGCUAACCUUGAUCAGACUUGCAUUGAAGUUUUGAUAUCACUAAGAUUUCUUAUAGUGUUCUCAAAAGUAGCUGAAUAAUUAAUAGAAAUAGUUCAUUAAAAGAUAAAGUGGUUACACGUAUCAGAAACUUCACGCAUAAUCUAGAAACAGUUAUUGCCAUAGUUUUAAAGCCUAUUUGAAUAUUGAAGUACUUAAAGAUUCUACUAGCCAUUUAUGAGCCCUUUCUAAAGUGCAUUAUGAAUAUAAUCUUGGAGAUUGUGACUGAAUGCCUGUGGUUAUUCAAUCACUGUUGCUUUGGACUUUGUUUUUUCUAACCUGAUAACGGAGGACAUUCUCAUUCUUGUUCAGAACAGGAAGACAUACAAGUGUUGCUUGAUACAAGCAAAAUGAUAGUGAAAAGAUUUCUUGAUUAUGUGGAUUUUGCAUUGACUUCAAGGUUGUGUACAGUUAAUCUCAAGAGGAUUUUCUCUGGGUUUUAAGCGAUCCAUAAAUUGCAAAUUUUGUGGGAAAUGAAGCAGCCUUUUACUUAAGGUACCCUGUGUCCAGGGACAAGAACUGGUCUGCAUCCGUUUUGGGAAGGGUGCCUGAAGUCAGGCAGCUGAAUGAAAACUGUUACUAGAGGGCUGAGUACCUGAACUUUCAGUAAUUGAGGCUUUGACAUACCUGCCCAUAACAGCUGUACAGUCACCACGUUGCAGGGCUCCCUAGAGGCGAAGGGCAAUCAGACACACACUGUUAGCCUUUCCACCAUUGUGUACCUCUGCACCUUCACUUACAGUCCCAGUGAGUUUCAAAAGAGCUUAAGGUUCAUAUUGCACAGCUGCAAUAAUGUAGUAGUACAACAGGUAACAACAGUAUAUGGUUGUUUUUUAGAGGAGUGAAAUACUUGACGGUACCUGCUGAAAUGUGUUACAUGCUUAUGAAAGAAAUACUUGUUAUUAUGAAAAGACUUCAUGAAAGUCUUGAGUGUCUCUUCAUGAUAACAGAAAAAGACUAUGGACCAUUUUCAGAACCUUCAGACAUGAUCCUCAAUGCAUUACUCAGCCAAAGUAAUAUAUUAGAUGCGAGUAUAAAUACACUUCCAGUAUGAAUAUUAGUCAAACAAAUCCAGCCUCAGAGGAUGAUAUGUUGUUCAAGUGGAUUGUGUUAGCAAAGGGGCUAGUCAGGCCUUGCAAGAUGUUGAACAUCUUUCUCAUGUACCAGUGCAACCAGCAGCUCAGAUCAGGAUUGCCAGUGCCACUGCUGUUCUCUCCAUCUGCUAUGUUUUGCCUUUUUAAAAAAAAAUACUGGAGUGUUCUUUUAUUUUAAGUUUUGGUGUCAUUGCCUAGAAUUAAAGAAGUGAAAUACAUUUUAUGUGAAAAAGAUAGUUCAAGUAAGAAGGGAAACGUGAUACCUGUGUAUCUUUCUAUAAUGUCAAUAUUAUGCUUCCCAGAGACAAACCAUUGUCUUUGAUUCUCAUUCACUUCAGUUCCUGUUGAAGCACAUUGCUGAACUAUCUGCCUUGUCAUGAAUUAAUUAAUUUUAAUUUCAGAAGACUGGAGUGAUGGAUUUGGUCCUUUAUGUGAGACAAUACUAGGUUUGACAUCUGCAUUUUCAGCCAAUAUGUAGGCAUUUUUACACUCUGAUUUUACUGUUAAUAAGGUGGACGUUCAAAACACCUGAAUUUUUGAGAGGAGGCAUUUCAGCUGUCAGUCUGUAGCCAUGAUGGGGAAGUUUAGAAGUUAACAUCCAAAGUACAGAUUGGACUUUGUUAUGUUUAAUGAAGAUAGUUCUCCCAUUUUGGUAUCUGUUGUUCUUAAAUCUUGUUUGCUCAACAUAUUUUUCUAGAAAGCGUAGGACUCUUACAUUUGUGGAAAACCACAAUUUGUUUCAUCUUCCUUACACUUUUAAGGAUCUUUGACCUUAACCCACAGCCUGCCUUGAACAGUAGAGUAGGUGCUCUCAGGUGGUCCUCCUGCUGGAGAACACUUCAUUGAGCACAGUCCCAAUGCAAACCACCCUCUUUGGGGGGGGGGGGGAUCACAGGUGUUGUUAGUUUCAAAGAGGGAUGGUGCACAAAUUCUUUGUGUGGUGUACAGCCAAACAGGGAACCAUGUUCAGCUCCAGGGUGGGGCUGGCAGAUGUGCAGGUGGCGCUGCUCUUCAGCUUCCUGGGGCAGCCUGGACCGAAACUAGUGCCUCUGGCUGGCAUGAAUCAGGAAAGCACAGGGUAUCUGUCUGGAUGCAGGGCUUGGAAGCCCUGUUGCUGGGAAAGCUGAACAAUUGUGUAAAUACUGUAGCGUGCUGGGUCCACAGGGCCCAGCUGAAAACUAGGGGAGAAUCCUGUCUAAAAGAUCAUUGAUUCACUAGAAGCAGAUACUGAACAUCUUUGCCACUCCGUAUACGUAGCCUGUUCAAGAUCCAGCUCUAAACUGUAGGUAAGUAUCAAAAUUAUUACUAACACAGAAAUGGAUCUUUCUGUUCUAAUUCUAGGCGGAGUCACCAAGCUCAAACAUCUAGAUGGAAGGAUGCAGUUUGAUCAGUUGUUCAGGAAUACUGCUUUCACUGACUUCAGUAGCCAGGCAUGGAAAAUGCAUUUAAAAAUGUGUAAGGCUGAGAAGCAACACAAAAACCUCUGCACUAAUUUGGUCAGUGCAGCACAAAAGCUUGGUAUUGCAUGAGGUUUGGUUUGGUUGUGGAUUUGUUUUUUUUUCAUGAGGUAAUGUGAAACAAUGCAUUGCUUUCUGUAAACUUUCUAGGAUAAUUUUGAACUUGUGUUGCUUAAAAACCAUUAGGAAAAAAACAUUUCUGAAGCUGUGUUAGCUUAGAGCUUUUCAUCUGUGCAGACUGCACAGGCAGUUUAUGAAGAAGUCAGGAUGCCAGACUCAGAGCUACUUGUUUUUUGUAGCUGCAGAAUAUGACUUAAAAUAUUGCAUUGCUCGCUAACCCAUUUUUUAAAUUGCUGCCAAUUAAUCUUGCUAUAAUACGUAAUUUUCUUAAAAACUUCAAUAGUGCAAUCUGGGUGCACAUUCUAACUUGAGUUACGUGAUUUUAAUUUGUUGAAUAAACUCCAGUAGAUGCUCUCUUAGGAAGACAAUAUUUACAGGUAUCAUUUGUGUGUUAGUUAAUGAGGUAUAACCCAAAUCAUCACUGAGCAGUUCAGAAACAGAAGGCAACAGCUGUAAUACUGACGAAGAGAUGCAGGUCAUGAGUUCAAACCUUGGGAUUAAAGGGAUGACUUUUACCCUACUGUCUUUACUUUGUUGUGCUUGCUAUAAGUAGAUGUCAAGACCCCCUGGUGUAUAAACCACCAUGCUUAUAUUUCUCUGUCUUUUUAAAAUUAUUUUUAUUUUUAGUUAGUGAGUUUUCCUCUGUUGAUAUUUAAGUCUUACUGACUUUAGUGGAAACAGGAUUUCCUGUGGUGAUUAAAACCACAGGUGCUAGGAUUAAGGAAGGCCUUUUUUUUGGUGGCACAUAGACUAAAACUGGAUGAUGUGGAGAAGAUUACUGUGGCAUCCUCAGGGCUGACAAGCAGAUUUGGGAAAGCACAGGAGGGGAUCAAACUCUGGGAGGUGUAACCAUGGGAGAACUUCUCUGGCAUACACAAAGUUUUUUAUGAAGACUUGAGUCUUAACUGAUUCAAAGGUGCAAGUUGGAUGUUGGAAGCAGAAACCUCUUUGGAUGCAGCACUGAUAUGUGCAGCCUUUAAAGAACAUGUAUAUUUUUAGGAUAAGGAGUUUACCCCAUUGAUCAUUACAUUCCUUCCCUAGUCCCCCUAAUGUCUGGCUGUGCUCUUUAGAGAGAGGGUGCAACUGUACUGCCUAGAAACCAUUUUAUGAGCUGUAAAAUCCAAGCCAUGUAAAAUGUGAAUAAUAAUUUAGCACUGAAAUACA